GUCUUGUUUUAUGUUGGUUUGAUGUUUGUGUCGAACUAUUGAAUGUACUGCCUUCUGUGUGUUUUGUUAUUGUUAUUGCGUUGCGUAGGUUUUCCUAAAUGUGAUAAAAAUAUCGUUUUUUUAUAUUUAGGUUAUACGUAGGUAACUAGUAUUGUGCCCGAGAAAUAAUUGCAUCCCAGUUGCAUUUUAAACGGAGUUUCUUAGGUAUGCAAUCGAGUACGGUUCGUUGGCAUUGACUCGGCAAGUUUAUGUUGAAUUUGUUUUCCUUCACCACCUUAACCAACUGCAUAUAAAACGGGUUAAGCAAGGAUACACUAUGGCGUGGACAAAGUACCAGAAAUUCUUGGCAGGUAUGAUGGUAGUGACUGGCUCCAUUAACACUUUGUGCACAAAAUGGGCGGAUAAGAUAGAGUCUAAGGGCUCAGAUGGCAACAUAAGAGUGUUCGAACAUCCUUUCCUUCAGGCGGCUGCCAUGUUUCUGGGUGAGAUGCUAUGCCUGCUAACCUUCAAGAUCAUCUACCGGCUGACCAUGAGGAAUGAUUCCGGACCCAUGCUUGUGCAAGGCAACCAGAAUUUCAACCCAUUCAUUCUUAUGCCGGCAGCCAUGUUUGAUCUUGUGGCGACCUCUAUCAUGUACGUGGGCCUAACCCUGACUUACGCCAGCAGCUUCCAGAUGUGCCGGGGCUCGGUUAUCAUAUUCGUCGCUAUGCUGUCAAUGACCUUCCUCAACAGAGUCAUCCUAAAACGGGAGUGGGCCGGAAUCGGGUGCGUGAUAAUCGGUCUGCUGGUAGUUGGCGCAACGGACGCCAUAUUCCAGGAUGACCAGACCAAGGGUCCCAAUAGCAUCAUCACCGGAGAUUUGCUCAUCAUCGUAGCCCAAGUCAUCACCGCAUGCCAGAUGGUGUACGAGGAGAAAUACGUCUCCAGUCUGAACAUCCCCCCACUGCAGGCGGUGGGCUGGGAGGGAGUGUUCGGGUUCUCCGUGCUGUCCUGUCUCCUGGUGGUCUUCUACUGGGUGCCGGCGCCCCCUCACUUCGGACACAACGCACGCAACACGGUCGAGGAUGCGGUUGACGGGCUCGUGCAAAUAGGCAACAAUCCUCUACUGCUGGCUGCAGUGCUGGGCACGGUGGUUUCCAUCGCGUUCUUCAACUUCGCCGGCAUCAGCGUUACCAAGGAGAUGUCCGCUACCACCAGGAUGGUGCUGGAUUCAAUCAGGACGUUCGUGAUUUGGAUGUUCUCCCUCGGCCUCAGAUGGCAGUCGUUCCACUGGCCACACCUACUGGGCUUCGCUGUUCUGAUCCUCGGCACGGCCCAGUACAAUGGUCUGCUGCCUCAGUGCCGACGCCGCACGGACACUACGCCGCAGGUCGUGGAUACAGUAGCCGAUAGCGCCGACGAAGGCGAGGCGUAGGAUUCCACUAGAGAAUGUAAGAUGUAACAGGAUAAUAGUAGGAGGAAUCGGAAUCGGAAAAAAUUGUUCGUUAAAUUUUCACAGUACGUCCUGAUGGCUGAUGAGUCGAGUCUGAGUGGGUUUCUUUAAAAUGUAAAGUGUAAAGCGAAAAAAUUUAAUAAUUUGCCAUUCUCAUCAACCAAUUUGUACGAUAGAGUUAUAAAAAAAAUACUUUUGCUAUUUCUUUUAACAGAAACCCACUCAGUUUUAUCGUCGACAUUUAAUACGGAACACAGAAGUUCAUAAUUUCUUAUAAAUUGAAACAAUCUUAGAAGCAAUAGGGAAGUCCUGCGAGGCAUAUAAAUAAAUAUUUGAGCUACACCAAAACCAUCUCUGUUGAAUUCAGACAACAGCAUAUUCGGAUUAAAUAGGACAAGAUCGUCAUCAAUCAGAUUAUUGCACUAAAUUGGAGACAGUUUUCUGUGCAUGCCAAAUGCAAAGUGAAAAGGUUACAGUAACUGGUGGUGGUGUUUACCAUCAAUAGACGACUCAUAAACCAUUACUUCCCACACGCUAUGUAGUCUUUUAUUAUUCCGAAUUCUACAUGAGUAGUCGUAUCUAAUUAACACAGAGCAAAGGACCGACCGCUGGGACGGGCGUUUGGUGCUCUGCAGGUAGUUAGAAAUCGAAUUUUUGCUCCCGUGAGGUUUGGUAAUAUAAUCUUUUUCUGUCACUGCUUUCAAGUAAUGCGUGCCUUCAAAAUUUAAAUUACUAUUUUUAUGUUAGUGAAUGAUGUCCUAUCAAAUUUAAAAUUAUCUGAAGAUAAAAACUAUCACUUUUUCUCUUCAGAUAAUUUAUUUAAAUAUUGUAUACUUUUAUUGUUUUGCGUUAUUUCCACGUGAGUUUAAUUUUUCAGGGAUAAUAUUGGAAGUAACCCGCUUAUUUUGUCCAGAAUUUUCAACGUAUUGUUAUUAAUGCAGCGAGCGACAGUAAGGGUUAAUACUAAAUAUUGAAAUGGUGCUAAUCAUAAAGAAAUAAAUAUUUUUAGUAGAUGAACUAAUUUGACUGGUACUUUUAUAAAGUAACCCUUUUUUAAUAGAGUUGCAACAUUAUUUUUUUAUGAUAAUAUUAUCUAUCAAUAUUAAUCAAACCAAUUAAAAAAAAGAAAAUGCAUAGUUUUUACAGUUAAUGAGGUAAUUAUGGCAAAUAAGGUAAAUCAAUUAACCAAUAAAAUAAAGGGACAUACAUUAUCUCAAUUUGUUGGUUUAAAACCGUCGAUUAUGCCGAUUAUGUCACAAAACUGAAAAUGUGUCGAAACCUUAAGAAUUAAUAAUAAGCUUUUUCUGUCAUCAGAAUGCGAUAUUUCUUAAUAAUUAAAAAAGCUCACUGGAAUUUGAUUUCACAAUAAUUUGUGACUGUUAUAAACUGUUAAUUUUCGUAGCAAGAUCCAGCAUCUUCGGGGUUAUCCAUUAACGUUAAUCUUACCUGUCUCUCAACGAGAGCUAAAAAUAAAAAGAGCUAGGUAAGCCAUGCCAUGUCAACGUUAAGUGAAUAGACCCACUUUUCUUGAUACAUAAAAUCACGCCUUUUUUCCCGGAGACUACAUCUUGCUAUCUCGUCUUAUAGUUCUUAUAUUUUAGUAUUCAUUUCAUAUUUUUAAGUAGUCCUUUUGUAUUUGCUAAAUAUUAUAAUAUAGAUAAAUUUUAAAGUAGAUAAAUUUUAUGGAUUGGCUGUUACUAAUAUGAGCUGUAGAAGACAUUUUUUUGUUAUUUGACAAUGCUUUGCGACUUGAACUAUUAUAGUUAGUGAAACAAACUAAAAAGGGGUCCCACAUCAAGUCAGGGGCUCAGUCUUAAAUUUUAAUAAUCCUUAAAUUUAUCAAAUAGAUUAUGGUUUACAAGGUGUUUUAUCAAGAAAACUAUUGCGAAACCAGUAUCUUUCAUCGAAUGCACGAUGCAUUCCUUUAAUGGUUUAAUAGCGUUAGAAUGUUUUAGUGUUACCCCAUAACUUUCCCACUUAACUUUUAUAUUUAUCUGAAUCCAAAAAUUCCAUGCAACGAAGUUGAAUAAUUUUUCUCUUCAGUUUUUUUAUGUAUAUGGAAAAUCUAGUUUUAUUUAUAUUUUUUAAGAAAUAAGUGAAGUGUAUAUUUUUAAUGAUAGAACAAUUUGUAUUCGGUAAAAUCAGUAAUAAAAGUUAUUAAGGAG